ACACCGCCCAGCAGGCUGCAGGCAGAGCUAAAUAUGAGGCUGUAACUCGAAGCUGCGAGAGCGCGGCCGGGGAAGACUCCCGGGAAACGGCCAAACACGCAGCCUGCGAGCCAGUUCUCAAGUCCGAGAUUUCCUUGACCAAAGUUGGCCCUCCUGCCCAGGGCGGAGGGGACGCGGGCUUGCUGACGUCAGCCAGGAGCAGAUAAGAGGUGAUCUCGUCGCCGGAAGGAGCAAAAGGGAUCCUCCCGCGGCCAGACGAAGCUGCGCGCGGGGCAGAGGCGGGAGCGCUUGGUCUCGACAGCUCAGCCGCCCUUCGGAGCGGAGCCAAGACCGCGGAGCCGAGCUCCCGCAGAGUAGCCGGAAACAUGCCACAGAACGUGGUUCUUCCCGGACCCGCGCCUUGGGGCUUCAGGCUGUCGGGAGGAAUAGAUUUUAACCAGCCGCUAAUCAUAACCCGGAUAACACCAGGAAGUAAAGCUUCACAAGCCAAUUUGUGUCCUGGUGACAUCAUUAUAGCUAUUGAUGGCCACAGCACAGAGAACAUGACUCACAACGAUGCCCAGGAGAAAAUUAAAGCAGCAGCCCAUCAGCUCUGUCUGAAAAUUGAGAGGGCAGAGACUAAAUUGUGGUCUCCACAAGUAGCAGAAGAGGGCAAGCCACAUCCAUUCAAAAUAAACUUGGAAGCUGAACCACAGGACAUAAGCUACUUUGAACACAAGCAUAACAUUCGACCUAAACCUUUUGUAGUCCAAAGCCCAAGCAGUACUCCCUCCGGUUUUGAUGGCAGCAGUGGACGUAGCACACCCUCUUCCAUUAGCACUGUUAGCACUAUCUGCCCUACUGAGUUGAAAGCUGCAGCUAAGAUGGCCCCCAACAUUCCCUUAGAAAUGGAGCUUCCUGGUGUCAAGAUUGUACACGCUCAGUUUAACACUCCUAUGCAGAUGUAUUCAGAUGACAAUAUUAUGGAAACACUGCAGGGACAGGUUGCUACAGCACUUGGGGAAACACCCCCUAUAAGUGAGCCAGUACCAGUUGCAGUGCCCCAGUCUGAUGUUUAUAGGAUGCUACAUGAUGAUCCGCAAGGGCCCAGCCAACCACGCCAAUCCAGUUCUUUUAAGGUGCUCCAGGACAUGGUAUCUGAAGAAUCUGAAGGUCGUCCCAGUGGAACAAGGAGUGUAAAAGCACCUAUCACAAAGAUGGGUGAUGGUGCAGGAAGUGUGCCAAAAGUGCCUUUGUGUGACAAGUGUGGAAAUGGCAUUGUUGGCACAGUAGUAAAAGCCCGUGACAAGUACAGGCACCCAGAAUGUUUCGUCUGUUCCGACUGCAAUCUCAACCUGAAGCAGAAAGGCUACUUCUUUGUGGAAGGGCAGUUAUACUGUGAAACCCACGCCAGGGCUCGCAUGAGGCCCCCCGAGGGUUACGAAGCUGUCACCGUUUACCCCAAGGCUUAACUGUUUGGAGACACAGAUGCCUGCAUGCACGCCUAGGGCAUUCUCAGCUUACAGCAGCUCUACGCCAAUGGCCUAAAUCCAGCAAACUGCUCUUUUGGGGGGAGGGGGAAGGAGGACAGGAUGGAGGGCUCAGGGAAAAGGGUGGGGUUUUUAGUGGCCCAUUCUGGGAUAGGGAGCAUUCUUUCCCAAGACUUUAUCACAAUGUCUGCCAGUGUGGUCUGACAGGAGCAUAAAGUAAACAUAACAGAUUGUACUAUAUUAAGCAAAGCAAAGUUGUUCUACAUUGGUUAUAUUUUUGUUCAGUUGUUUGCACACACUUUACUAAGAAAAGACCUGGUCCAUAGAUGUUCUCAGCCUCCAAGCCAUGAACACAAAUCCUUUACCUAAGGACACCCAACCGAUACAAGACGGCCCACAGCCUUGUGAGCACUGUUUUUAUAUCAAUGUCGGUCUCUAUGAUAAAUCAAAUGUGGCUCCCCAUCCUGUUCACAUGCCUGCUGGUUCUUUGUGACCCACAGGACUAUUACCUCCAUAUCUUCCUCAACUGCAAGGCAAAGUAUAUUGCUGCUAAGUAGAAGGAGAUGGACCUGGUAGUAGAGUAUCUAAUUGCAUAGCCAUUAAAAGUAGUAGUAGUGAACCAGGUAGAGACAGAAAUGAAGACUUAGAAGUAGGAGAAGGCAACAGUUCAUAUUGGCCAUGAAUGGUUUGCUGUGAUAGAAGCACACUUUAGUAUAAAAUAGACACUGCAAAAAAGCAAGUGCUUUUUAAGUCAGCCACGAAUGACGAAGCUUUUGCCUUUUUUUUAAAGCACUAUCCCAGUUCCCGUCAACUGCAUUUUUAUUUGCUUUGUAAGGUUUUCUCAGCUUGGUGCCCUGCAACUCCCAUUGUUCCCAAUCAGGAGGGGGACUUUCCCAUGUUUGUUGCUUAGGGAAGCAAAGGAGGAAAAUAAUUCCCAGGCUGAAAUGACAUCAGCUUAUUGUCUUUAUCCUUACUUUCCUUAUGCUGCCUGAGAUAAGCAAAUCAAUUAGGGAAAGAUAGCCAGGAACACAACAGGCAGUUGAGCUCAGAGCAGACUGGGAAUGGGAUUACAUUUCUGGAAUGGUGGGUUUCUCUGCUUCAGGACAAAUGGUUCACAUUGAUCUAGUGCAGUGUUUCUCAACCUUGGCAACUUUAAGAUGUGUGGACUUCAACUCUGGGAACAGAAUUCUGAGAGUUGAAGUCCACACAUCUUAAAAUUGUCAAGGUUGAAAAACGAUGAUCUAGUGACUGGGAUCUGUAUAUGUGGAAGGAUAUAGUUCUGAAUACACAUUUGUUACUCCUUUGCAACACCCAUCUGGUCCUCACUGCGGGUGAGGAAGUAUAUGUCCAUCCAGAAUUGCUAGCUGCAACUGAAGCUGGAUGGGGGGCUUUGCUUGUGAUGGUUGAUAGGGGUAUGCUGUUUAAAAUUGGGUUUUUAAAAAUAUCAUUGGCCAUAUACGGGCCUUAAGGUAUGUCGGUGUAGGUUUACACACAUCGCAGUUAAUAUGGUUGUUGACUAUAAAGAGCUGCACUUCUGUAGGGUUGUUUGGUUUCUCUGUAUAAAGCAAUUAAAAUGCUUUUUUUAAAAA